AUGGAAGAGAUCAUCCAAAUCAACGAGCUGCCGGUAGCACAGCACAAGUCCUUGCUCCGUCUAAGCCUCUACGCCACCGCCUUUAAUCCUGGUACUGCUGCUCCGCGCCGCUUGAGGCUGCCCAAAGGACGUGCCCGAACCUUUCCAGAUCUGCCCCUGGCCGUCAUCACGCUGGUGCCCCGUCAUCUUUAUCAGCGUUACCCCCACCUUGCAAUCAAUCUGAGGGACGGUGAAAUCGAUGGCCGGGAGCGGGUGACUUGCAACCUUCGCAAAAACUGGAAAGUCUGGCUCCGGGCAGUGGGCAUGCUGGCCAGUGGAGCAUUGCCUUGUCCCUGCGAGGGCCAAGCGUCAGCCUAUGGUCACUUGUACCAACCUCAAGAGCAUUACAUCCAGUGCCCGCUCAACUGCACCCGUGAGAAUGUCCACUGCACAUGUGGUCUCGCCCAGUUUGCCCAGAAGCUUGUCUGCAUGUUCUUUUCCCUGCCAGAAUGGGAGGCGAUUGCUCGCUUUGACAAUGAAAAGAACAUCAAGUUACAGCUUCGCAUGCUGUUGAAUGUAUCCGAUCGAUACUUCGCUGACGCGGAUGACCAUCUCUUUGAAGAGAACGUCACCAUGCCCGGCCACGACAAAACCAGUGCCGACGCCCGCGCGCCCAACAGCGCGCUCAACAGCGACAACACCGCCCACCCCCACACCAACGCCAACGCCAGGGCAUUGCGCGUCACCGGCCCCAGCAGCGCGCUGGAGCUUACCAACCCCAACCUGCCCGCUGACGAGGCUCAACCGGAUGUCAACCCCAGAGUUGAGAUCGAUCCGCAGGCACGCUUUCUACCUGCGUUGCCGGUGGCUGAACCCCUGCUCUUGGGUAACUUCGAAGGGGCAAACAUGCCCGAACCCAACGCCCUCCCUUUUGGACCCGAUGAUUGGCUGCCGGAUGAUCAAGCCCAUGAUGAUCACGGUGAAAUGGAGAUGGACGAGCUCAUUCAACUACUUCAGGAGAAUAUCUGA